UGGGCGGAGCCUCCUCCCCAUAGCCCCGCCCCCUCCGACCACGCCCCCUCCUCCUUCGGCCCCGCCCCUUUGCGCGCCGUCCUCCUCGGCCCCCCCGGCGUGGGCAAGAGCAGCCUGGCGCGCGCCUUCGCCUGGCCACGCCCCCCGGCCACGCCCACCGCCCCCCAGGGGGAGGGGCCAGAACCCCCCCGCGCCCGCUGGCUGGAGGUGGACGGGGCCGAGGAGGCGCUGGAGCUGCACGAUGGGGACGAGGAGGCCGCAGCCAAUGCGGACGCGCUGCUCCUGGUGUUCUCGCUGAGCGACCGCGGCUCCUUCGCUGCCCUGGGCCCCGCCGCGAGGGGGCUCCGGGGGGGGGCGGGGCCACGCUCGGCCCCGCCCCUCCUGCUCGUGGCCAAUAAGAGCGACCUGGCCCGGGCGCGGCACGUGACGGCGAGAGAGGUGCGCAGCCUCGCUGCCGUCCUGCGCUGCGGUCACGUGGAGACCUCGGCCGAGCUGCGCAUGGGCACUGAGGAGCUCUUCGCCGCCGCCGUGCGUGAGGGGCGGGGCCACCGGCGACGUCGCCGUGAUGACGUCGACGCCGACGCCGAUGACGUCGCCGCCGACGGUUGCCACGGCGACAGCGGCGCUUUACGGCGCCGCCGCAGCCUCACCGGCAGAGCCAAGCGCUUCCUGGCGGGGCUCGUGCCCCUGUCGCGACAGAGGUCGCGAUCGUGCAGCGACCUGGCGGGGCUGUGA